UAUGGGCUGUGCAGAGGCGCUGCACAGCAGUGAGCAGCAUCUCUGGUGUGCCUGUGAAUCAAAGGGGAGCAUGAGGCUGCCUGUGGCCGAGUGAGCACCACUUCUGUAUGUUGAAACUGAGGUUCGGGAGAGAUGUGGUCUGGCCCGUGGUGGUAAAUGGUCAGAGAGGGCAGGGCUAGAGGCGGGCGGCUGGGGAAGGAGGCUCUGAGGGCCUGAGCUGGGGUGGCACUGGGGAAUGGGCAAGGGGACAGAUGUGAGAAGUAUUUGGGCAGCCAUCUGUGGCUAGUUGGGGAAGCAGACAUUUCUAACCUUUCCUGAUUCUGGCCAUGUGGCAGAAACAUCUUCACACUCAGCUUGAUUGUUGUGCCUGAGCCCGGAUUGUGAGAGUCGGGUUAUGCGUGGCUUGAAAAGAUGUUGACAGCUGCCUCUGGAGUGACGCUGGGCUGGAGAAAAGAUGAGGACAGCUGAUCAGAGAGCCGCUGCAGGAGUCUGUUUCAUUGAGACCGUCAAUCCGAUUUCAAGGAAGUCAAGGGCACAUCUCUAUCCCCCAGCCUGACUGCCCCACAGAGGCACGGACGUUCUCCUUCUACCUCUCCAACAUUGGCCGUGACAGCCCCCAGGGCAGCUUCGACUGCAUCCAGCAAUAUGUCUCCAGCCAUGGGGAUGUUCACUUGGACUGCCUGGGCAGCAUCCAGGACAAAAUCACAGUGUGUGCCACCGAUGACUCCUACCAGAAAGCACGGCAGAGCAUGGCACAGGCCGAGGAGGAGACACGGAGCCGUGGUGCCAUCGUCAUCAAGGCUGGAGGCCGCUACCUGGGCAAGAAGGUUCAGUUUCGGAAACCAGCCCCGGGGGCCACGGACGCUGUGCCCUCCCGGAAGCGGGCGACCCCCAUCAACCUGGCGAGUGCCAUCAAGAAGAGCAGUGUUGGUGGCAUUAGCGGGGGCAGUGGGGUGUCUCAGAGGCCUUUCCGUGACCGGGUGCUGCACCUCCUGGCGCUGAGGCCCUACCGGAAGGCCGAGCUAUUGCUGCGGCUACAGAAGGACGGCCUGGCCCAGGCGGACAAGGAUGCGCUGGAUGGCCUCCUCCAGCAGGUGGCCAACGUGAAUGCCAAGGAUGGCACGUGCACGUUGAAGGACUGUGUGUAUAAGGACGUGCAGAAGGACUGGCCUGGAUACUCGGAAGGGGACCAGCAGCUACUGAAGCGAAUGCUUGUCCGGAAGCUCUGCCAGCCACAGAGCGCAGUUGGCCUCCCUGGAGACUCUGCUGCCUCCAGUCCUCCCAGGGAACACGGAAGCUCAGCCUCACCCCCUCAGAAACGAUCACAGCCUCCUGAUUUCAUCGACCCCCUGGUCAGCAAGAAAACCAGGAUAUCACAUUUUACCCAGAGAGCUCAGCCUGCCAUCAAUGGGAAGCUGAGUGCACCCCAUGGCCGUGAGGCCUUGCUGCCCACUCCGGGCCCACUAGCUGGCACAGACGCCCACCUGCCCCCGCGGUUGGAGCCCCCGCGGUUGGAGCCCCCGCGGUUGGAGCCGCCGAGGUUGGAACCCCCAAGGGCCCACGACCCUCUGGCUGACGUCAGCAAUGACCUGGGCCACAGUGGCCGGGACUGCGAGCACGGGGAAGUGGCCACCCCGGCCCCGACUACAUGCCUCAGCUUGCCCCUGCUGACGGACUGUGCCCAGCCCAGCAGGCCCCAUGGUGGCUCAUCACGCAGCAAAUCCAAGAAGAAGUCCAAGAAGCACAAAGACAAGGAGAGAGCCGCUGAGGACAGACACCGGGCCCGAUUGCCAGACCACAUGCCCAGCCCCCUAGGAGCCCCACCAGACGCCCCGGGUUUGAACGGGACCUGCAGCAGUUCAAGCGUCCCCACGUCGACCUCAGAGACACCCGACUACUUGCUAAAAUACGCCACCAUUUCCUCCUCGGAGCAGCGCCAGAGCUACAAAAACGACUUUAACGCGGAGUAUAGCGAGUACCGGGACCUGCACGCGCGCAUUGAGCAGAUCACACGGCGUUUCACGCAGCUGGACGCCCAGCUCCGGCAGCUGUCGCAGGGCUCCGAGGAAUAUGAGACUACUCGGGGGCAGAUCUUGCAAGAAUAUCGAAAAAUCAAAAAGACCAACACCAACUACAGCCAGGAGAAGCACCGUUGCGAGUACCUGCACAGCAAGCUGGCCCACAUCAAGAGGCUCAUUGCCGAAUACGACCAGCGGCAGCUGCAGGCCUGGCCCUAGCCUGAGGCCGUGGGGCAGGAGGUCCUGCUUGGCUCGCUAGGGGCUAGGCCAGCUCCCCUUGCCGGGCUGACCCUUCUGGAUGGCGGGGGGCGGGGAGCUGGGGCGGGGGCGGGAGGGGGAGCCAGAACGGAAAAAGAGAUUUAUUUAAAAAAAUAAACACGAGGAAGACCACAUUCAUCUGAGCCAGCAACGCCGGCUUUCAGGGGAGCCCCGCAGACCUGGUGCCCGCAGCUCACAGAUUCAGGUGGGGGGCCGGCGUCUCAUCCCACUCCCCCGGCCCCCCCACGUCUGAGGAGCCCCCACCCGGGAUGGGCUCUUCAGGAAGCCCACCUCCUCUCUGGCCCGUAGCCCGAGGGGCUUCAGCGCCCCCUCACGGAAAGACUCCAAGGCCAGCCUGCCUGCCUUUUCUAGUUUUCUACAGAGACAGCCACUUUUAGCUACUGC